AUGGCUCAAAGGCUAUACGUCAAUGGUGUCGAGGAGCUACUCAACGAAGGAAUCGAUGUGAACAACAUUGAUCUCUUCACAUCGCGUCCUGUGAAGGUCAUUACGACGUCGUUAAGGUUCUUCUUAGCCGCAGAGCUAACAUCGAUGACCGUGUCGUUGGGGGAGUACGUCUGCAAAUCAGUACGGGUCGUGGCAAUCUCAGAAUCGACUCGGAGAUUGGAGCCCACUCACGCACACGUACACCCCUUUGUGGAAGCAUUUGCGGCCGAUCAGGACCGUUUCUUCAACGCCUUCCCUUCUGCGUUUGUAAAACUGUCUUCUUACAAGGUGUCAACCGGGAAUAAAGGAGUGAUUAGAAGCGUAAAGCUUGUGUCACCGUUCAAAGCAGCAGCGGUGAUUGGAGUGGUCGCCAUAAUCAACCUCGCGAGUCCCUGCAGGCUGCAACUUAUUCUUCACUUACUUGGAUGGUUGCUUGUUGCUGUAACGACUCAAUUUCGGACAGGGCCAACCGAAAGAUUGAGAAAUCAAGAUGGUGUGAAUGAGGACAUAAUCAAUGAGUUGCCUGUAGAUUUGCUUCUGCAGCUAUUAUCUUUACUUCCAAUAAAAAUUGUCAUAGCCACAAGUGUUUUGUCCAAACGGUGGAGACCUCUUGAUGCAGGAGAUGCUAUGGGUGAUCAACCAGUAACCAGGGCCGAUAUGGAGGGUUUCGCAGCAGGUCUGAACGAAUCAACCACGAACCUGGCAAAUAUGGUGGCAGCGUUAACUAAUCAGAUUGCAGCAUCAACCAAUCAGAUUGCUAACGCGGGACAAGGAGGAGGAGUAAGAAUGGGACCAAACCCUAAUCAACAAGGCGAAAACAUCCCGAUUGCUAACGCGGGACAAAGAGGAGGAAUAAGAAUGGGACCAAACCCUAAUCAACAAGGCGGAAACAUCCCGGUUGCUGAAGAACCGGCUCGGAACCGGCAAGGUUGUUCUUCGCUGGAUCCCGAAGAGAGCAGUUCUCCUGUUAGGUCAUCGAAUACAGCAGUCUACCCCAUCAGGUUGUUCCCAGCAGAGUCUUCGGAGAUAGCAGUCCUCUCCAUCAGGCUGCCUUCCGCUGGAUUUCCAGAGACAGCAGUCUUCCCCAUCAGGCUGCUCCCAGCAGGAUUUUUGGAGAUAACAAUCCUUUCUGUUAGGUUGUUCUUUGCUGGAUACCGAAGAGAGCAGUUCUCCCCGUCCAGCUGCUCCAAUGAUGGUUUUCAAAAACAGCAGUCCUCUCCUUCAGAUUGUUCCUACUGGAUUUUUGGAGAUAGUAGUCCUCUUCAUCAGACGGCUCUCAGCAGGGUCUUUGAAGACAUGAUAACAGUCUUAUCUGUUAGGCUGCUUCCAACAGAGUUUCCAGAGACAGCAGUACUAUUCGUCAGGCUGCUCACCGCUGGAUCCCUGAAAAAAGCGGUCAUCCUCGUCAAACUGCUCCCAACAGGGUCUUCGAAGGCUGCUCCUCGUUUGGUCUCCGGAGAGAACAGUCCUUCCCAUCAAGCUGCUCCCAGCAAGACCGCUUCCACUGGGUUUCCAGUGAUAGCAGUCUUUCCCGCCAGGCUACGCCCAACAAAGUCCUCGAAGACAGCAACAGCCUCGUCGUCAUGCAACCUCUAUAUAGUCGAACAGUUCCUACCGUCAGAUGUCUCCAUCCAGUUCCUGCCGUCAGUUGUCCCCAUCCAACACACCACCGAGUACCCUCGAAGCUCCGCAAUGUCAACAACAAAACUUCCAAAGUUCCCUCCUCUCCUCACUUCUCCGGCGACAUCACCUCCGUCGCCGGUGAAGCUCAAGCCAUCGCAUCCCAACUUAAACCCUAUCCAGAAGCUAGCGGCUUCGAUGCUCGACAAAAUCGAAUCCUCCUUCGUCGUACCAAUGGAACAAAAUCACUCGCUUCCUAAACCGACCGACCCGGCAAUUCAAUUAUCCGGUAAUUUUGCACCGGUUAACGAAUGUCCGGUUCAAAAUGGUUUAGAAGUCGUUGGUCAGAUUCCCCCUUGUCUACGAGGAGUCUACAUCCGUAACGGAGCUAACCCUAUGUUUCCGCCAUUAGCCGGGCACCAUCUAUUUGACGGUGACGGAAUGAUUCACGCCGUUAGCAUCGGUUCAGAUAACCAGGUUAGUUACAGCUGCCGGUACACUCAAACAAACCGGCUUGUUCAGGAAGCAGAGCUGGGACGACCACUUUUCCCUAAACCGAUCGGCGAGCUUCACGGCCAUUCGGGCUUGGCUCGACUCGCUUUAUUCGCGGCUCGAGCUGAGAUCGGCCUAGUGGACGCGACACAUGGCAUGGGUGUAGCUAACGCUGGAGUCGUUUACUUUAACGGGAGGUUAUUAGCCAUGUCAGAGGAUGAUCUCCCUUACCACGUGAAGAUCAACGGCCAAGGAGAUCUCGAGACAAUCGGACGGUUCGGAUUCGACGAGCAGAUCGAUUGUUCAGUGAUAGCACAUCCUAAAGUGGACCCUACCACAGGAGAUCUUCACACGCUGAGUUACAACGUUUUGAGGAAACCUCAUCUCAAGUAUCUUAAAUUCGACACGUGCGGGAAAAAGACACGUGACGUGGACAUCACUCUCGAGCAACCCACGAUGAUCCACGAUUUCGCGAUAACCGAAAACUUCGUCGUGAUCCCGGAUCAGCAAUUGGUAUUCAAGUUAACCGAAAUGAUUCGGGGCGGGUCACCGGUUAUCUACGAUAGAGAGAAAGUGUCGAGAUUCGGUGUUUUGUCCAAGCAGGAUCCGACCGGGUCGGGUAUAAGUUGGAUCGGCGUACCCGAUUGCUUCUGUUUUCAUUUAUGGAACGCGUGGGAAGAGAUGACCGAAGACGGAGACCCGGUUAUUGUCGUAAUCGGUUCGUGCAUGAACCCGCCCGACACGAUUUUUAGCGAAUCAGGAGAACCGACUCGGAUCGAAUUAACCGAGAUUCGAUUAAACCUGCGGACAAAGGAAUCGAACCGGAAAGUUAUCGUAACCGGGAUAAAUUUAGAAGCAGGUCAAGUAAACCGGAGUUUCCUGGGGCGAAAAACCCGGUUCGUUUACUUAGCUAUCGCUGAUCCUUGGCCCAAAUGCAGUGGCAUCGCGAAGGUGGAUUUGGUAGAUGGAACUGUUUCAGAGUUUAAAUACGGACCGGGCCGGUUCGGUGGUGAACCGUAUUUCGUACCGGAGAAAGAAGGAGAAGACCAAGGGUAUGUGAUGGGUUUUGUGAGGGACGAAGAGAGAGACGAGUCGGAGUUCGUGGUGCUCGAUGCAUCGGAGAUGAAGCUAGUCGCGGCGGUACGGCUGCCGGAGAGAGUACCGUACGGAUUCCACGGAACGUUCGUGAGCGAGAAUCAGUUGAAGGAACAAAAACAAGAAUCAAUAACAAGAGCAACCAAACUUCAGCUCACAUUUACGUUGAUCGAGCUGUCACAAAGUAAGAGGAAGGAGUCACCAACCCUAUGGCAGAACCGGAUGCAAACGUUCGAAUCCCUUGACGAAAUUGGUAUGUUCAUUGUGACCCUCCUCUAG